UGUAGCUCUGCAAUGUGCGACGACUGAGUUGUACUGUUCACUGGUUUUACGCAACGAUAGUGCGUGAAGUGUUUCGUACUCCUCGUUGCAACGAAGCAAGAAACAAUCCGGAGUACGUGAAACCGCUCUUUCAGGAAGGCUGCAUUUGCGUCGUGGUGAGUGCAAAACGGCAAAGUUACUUUCUCGCAGUCUUCGCUGAGACACUGCCGAAAAGAGCAAAACAGGGAGGCCGCUGAGCACUUUCAAACUUGGUGCUGUGUUCGAUGUGACGACUGUGCAUACAAGGCAUGUGACCCCUUAAGUGAACAGUGCAAGAACGUUGUAGACACGCAGUUCUAGUACAGAACGCUUGAUACAGGUGGCAUAGUCAUCUUGCCCGCACUAUAUUUGACAUGUUCAUUCUCUAUAUCUGUUGAAUUUACCCUGUUUAGACUGCAUACCGCGUCUCAUGUUGACAACACUCCGGAGCCAAGGCAAGAAUCGUGUUACAGUAGCCGUGGCCCGUUCACAUAACUAGCAACAAUGUGUCGGCUACCACAGAUCGGUCCACGAGGUACCAUCUCACCAAUUACACUGCAGUAUGGUCAUUUCUACGAGAGGAUGCUUAUUUGUGUCAUUAAAUCAGGACGCAACAAGGCUUAGGUGGGAAACUUGCAAACAACACGUUUACGGACACUUGAAGCGUCCCCAUAUAAGGCCGGCUCACGGGGAGUCAAAGCUGCCGUGAUGAGCCACUUGAAUACCCUCGUGCCGUUGCUUACCACAGUGCUCUUCGCCACGCGUUGCUUCUCGGUCACCUAUUACUACAAGUCAAACGAACCUGAAGACUUUCUCAUCGGUGCCCUGUUCCCGGUUCAUCGACCUCCCUACACGCGCCAGAAUGUGACAAGGCUCUGCGGAGAAACGUGGGAACGACCUGGCAUCCAGAGAGUGGAGGCGGCACUCCAGGCCGUCGACGAGAUCAACAGCCGAGACGACGUGCUACCCCACUCGAAGCUGGGCAUACAGAUUCGAGAUUCGUGCUGGUUCUCGCCCAUAGCACUUGAGCAGGCAUCUCACUACAUCCCGCUGUCGGCCUGGAUGGGGGCCGAGUACCAGGAAGAGCCGUACCCGUACCGGCGCCGGAGCACAGAGGAGUGCGAAGAAGAGGAGUCUCGCAAGAAUCUAGUGGCCGUCCUGGGCCCUCUGCCGGCAGCUGGCGCUUCGGAAGUCAACAGCCUGCUCAGUCUCUUCCGCAUUCCCGAAAUCGGCUACUCGACGACGGGACAGGAGCUGGGACUCCGGAGCAGGCUGGGCUUCUACGUCAGUCUGGUGCCCAUGGAACAGGCCCAGGCCAGGGCCAUGGUGGACCUUGUGGGCUUCUUCAAUUGGACCUAUGUGUCUGUCGUCUACACGGAAGGCGACAGUGGCAGCCAGGCCAGCAUGGAGGAGUUCGCGGAGCGCGCAGUGCGCCAGAACGUGUGCGUGUCGCAGUGGCUGGGCGUCCCGGCCAGCGGCACGGCCGAGGACUACCUGAACACCGUGCACAACCUGAACAGGACAAGAAGAGCACGCGUGGUGGUCUGCUUCUGCACGUCGGUCACCGUGCGGGGACUCCUCACCGCCAUUCGCGAUGCCAACGCCACGGGCGACUUCAACAUAGUGGCCAGUGACGCCUGGACGACGGACGCCCAGCUGCUUGCCGGCUUGGAAGCCGAAGCGCUGGGAACCCUGGCGCUGCGUGUGCACGUUAAGCCGGACCCAGACUUCGAGGUGUACUACACCCAACUCAAUCCGGCCGUUAACACGAGAAACCCGUGGUUCGCCGAGUUUUGGGAGACCAACUUCAACUGCAGCCUCCGCGAAAGGCCCGACUGCAAGAGCAACUGCAGGCGCAGGUGCAAAGGCAACGAGUCCCUGGCAGACAACUUCCACCAGGACGAGAUGGUGUCGGGUGUCAAGAGUGCCGUGUUCAUGGUGGCGUACGCGCUGCACGACAUGCUGCUGGACCACUGCGGAAACAGUUCCCAGCCGGGCGACAACUGCACGCGACAGGUUCACGUGUCCGGAGAACAGUUCGUCGAGUACCUCAGAAACGUCAGCGGCGUCCACAAGGGCGACAGCGUCGAAAUGUACUCCCACGCGUGUUACGACGUCGUGAAUUUCCAGGCGCUGGACGAUGGGCAGUACGAGUUUGUGGACGUGGCCAUGUGGUCGGACGAGGAGAGGAUCUUCAUGUACGCAGAACCCAAGUGGGGCGACAGUGACGAGGACGGAAACGACGACGAGGUUCCGGUGUCGCAAUGCGGAAAGCCGUGCGCGCGGGGGUACAUCAAGGUGCCCGAAAGUAACACCAACCUCUGCUGCUGGAAAUGCGUCCAGUGCGGCAGCAACCAGUACGUGCAGAGCGAGUACAGGUGCGGGAACUGCGAAGAGGGCACAUGGCCCAACGCUACUCUCAACGGGUGCGACCCCAUACAGCAGAAGUACCUGCAGUGGACUGAGUCAGCCGUCAUUGUGGUCAUGCUCGUAUCGGCUCUGGCCUUGGCUACAGCGGCCUGCGUCAGUGCCAUCUACGCCCGCUACAUCAACACUCCGCUCAUCAAGGCGUCGUCGCGAGAGCUCAGCUUCGUCAUCCUGGUCGGCAUCAUCGUGAGCCAGGCGAGCACGUUCGCUAUCCUGGCCAAGCCUUCACCGAUGUCGUGCCUCAUGGAGCGCCUGUUCCCUGUGCUCAGCAUUGCGGCCGUGCAUGCGGCCAUCUUCACCAAGACAAACCGCAUCGCGCGUAUUCUGGCCGUCAGUGAGAAGAGAAUAUUUCAACGCAGGCUUCGCUUCAUGAGCACCACCGCCCAGCUGACCACGACCGGGGUCCUCAUCAUGGGUCAAGUCAUCAUCACAGGGACCAUGCUUGUCAUUGAGAGGCCCGAUACGAUUCUCGUCUACCCGGCGAGCAACAGGGCGGUCCUGCUGUGCGACACGUCCGAGCUUUCCAGCUUCUUGCCGCUGGCCUACGACUUCGUCCUGAUCGCCAUGUGCACGGUGUACGCGGUCAAGACCAGGAACGUGCCUGAGAACUUCAACGAGGCCAAGAUGAUCGGGUUUGCUAUGUACUCGACGGUCGUCAUCUGGGUCGCCUACAUCGCGGUGUACAUCGGCAACGAGGACAACCGCGAGCUCGCACUGUGCCUUGCCAUCAGCAUCUCGUCCAUCAUCGUGCUAGCGCUGCUGUUCCUGCCACGCGUCUACAUUGUGCUCUUUCACCCAGAGAAAAAUCGGCGAAGUUCAUUUCUCACCUUCAGGCAAGACACAAUGGAGGCUAAGGUGAACACCGUCUCCAGUGCCCUGACUUACGAGAACGGUGGCACCUACGUGCCACGGUCGCACGACAGUGUUAGCUAGGACGAGUGUUGCGUGACGUCGCUUUGAUCGCACAGCCAAUGCAGCCUAAAACACACAUGCCAGAAGAUUAUCAGCAAGAGGAACUGGUUUGACUGACACUUUUUCCAUUAAUCCCACGCACACGUUUCACUGCAAUGAGGCAUCAGCAACUCGAAUGUAAACUCUGGUGCUAGUUUUAUGCAGAGGGCACCAAUGACACGUUUAUGUCAAGCUAUGCUCAUAUGCAGCUACUUUUCCACGUUAACUUGUCAAGAUCGCUAUUUGAAUGCAUGUUUUGCACAGACAACAAAAACAAUGCAAAUGCCCAGAGUAGUAAUAACACCUGGAGGCUGAAGUUUGUUGCCACUGCUUGGAUACAGUUACAGAGUGCCAAACAUGUGGCAUGUCCUACUAGGUCAUCUCACUCAGACAGUCGUGUGUUGAUGGGCUGCAUCUUGUGCGAUGUCUUGAGCGCUUAAACGCGGUGUCACGCAUCGUCUUAUCUUUCUGCCAUUGUCGGCUAGAAACUGCCUCAAGCACCAAGCACAAUGAACAAUGCUUCCUCCAUGAGUUCAUGGCUUUUCCAGAUUGUGCAGUGUUCUUUGCUUCUAAUGUAUGACACAGGAAAGUGUUAUUGCAUCUGUCUGCAUGGUGAAAGUUGGAUUGAAAUAUGGUGUCAUCGUGUUAUACAGACACAUGAAACGAAGAUGUGCAUCGAACAUGUGUUUGCGCGCACGACUCGAACAGAUGACGCCACUUUAGAGCUACCGCCAUUGCUUUUAUACACUUGUACAUCGUAUCAGCUCCCCCUGUUUGAAAGGGUGGACCAUAAAUCAUCUUCUUCGAUUUCACA